UUCCCAACCUUUUAUCAGCCCAAGGGCACACUUACAUUAAUACAGAUUUGCUGUGUCACACCUGUUAAGGCAUUCCCCAUCCUCGUACCUAGUGUAGUUCAGUGCCAUGGCAGAGUUUCGUGACACACCUGUUCAUUUCUGAUGGCACACUUUUGUGCCACAGCACACUGGUUGGGAAACACUGGCUUAUACCUGUAUGUGCCAUACCUGUAUGUAUGUUCGUGCGAGCAACACAUUUAAGUGUGUGACCAACACAGUGGGAACGUAUUCCUUGUGUACAAGUAGGGUGGUUUAUGAUGUAUAAAUCUUGUUUGGAGCAAACGAUUUUCUAUAUGCGUCUCAAUGAAGCCAGAGACUUAGGUUUCUUAAGCUUUUCUUGUUUAUAUCUGGUGUGGUUUCAUACUUUCCAACUCCUUUAACCCCCGUAUCUUUUUCAUUUUGAAGUGGGACCCUAUGAUCACUACAUUACCUGGCUUAUACCUGGUGUCUGUUGGAAUAGUGAAGCCUGCAGCAUGGCUCUUUGGAUGGUCUGGAAGCGUAGUGUGCUCGACAGGAAUGCUCAGGUUUAUUAACCUCCUUUUCAGUGUUGGCAACUUCUACUUGCUGUAUUUGCUUUUGGGCAAGAUCCAUCAGAAAAACAAGGCUGUGUCUGGUUUCCAGAGAAUAUUAUCUACAUUAACUCUUGCAAUAUUUCCUACCCUUUAUUUUUUUACAUUCCUUUAUUAUACAGACACAGGAUCAACAUUUUUUACUCUUUUUUCAUAUUUGAUGUGCCUUUAUGGUAACCAUAAAACUUCAGCCCUGCUUGGGUUUUGUGGCUUUAUGUUUCGUCAGACAAAUAUUGUAUGGACUAUUUUCUGUGGGGGAAGUGUUGUUGCAGAAAGGCUAAAUGAAGCAUGGAAGACUGAAUUGAUGAAAAAGAAAGAAGAAAAGUUUUCAUCUACGAAAGAAUCAUUUUCAGAAAUAAUCAGAAUACUACAGUUCCUUAUUAAGUACAUCAUAUCCUUUAAAAACCUUGUUGCACUUGUAGUUUUGAUUUGGCCAUAUAUCCUUUCAGUAAGUGCAUUUUUUACUUUUGUGGUCAUCAAUGGAGGAAUAGUUGUUGGAGACAGGAGUAAUCAUGAAGCCUGCUUGCAUUUCCCUCAGCUGUUCUACUUUUUCUCCUUUACCCUCUUUUUUUCCUUUCCUUACUUAAUAACUCCUUGUAAAAUUGGAAAUUUCCUUCAGUCAUUACGAAAGCACCCAAUGUACUAUGGUAUACUAAUUGCCAUUUCUUUAUUCCUGGUCUGGAAAUUUACCUAUGUUCAUAAGUAUCUGCUUGCAGAUAACAGGCAUUACACGUUCUAUAUAUGGAGAAAAAUCUUUCAAAGACAUGAAUUUUUGAAAUAUGUAUUAGUUCCAGUCUACAUAUUUGCUGGGUGGAGUUUUACUGAUUCACUGAAAUCAAAAUCCAUUUUCUGGAACUUAGUAUUUUUUGUAUGUUUGUUUGCUGUCACAGUUCCUCAGAAGCUGUUGGAAUUUCGUUACUUCAUUUUGCCAUUUUUAAUAUAUAGGCUAAAUAUUCCUUUUCCACCUCUUUCUGGGCAGCUUCUUGAGUUUGCUUUAUAUGUUGUUGUUAAUGCAGUAACUUUACAUCUCUUUUUGAACAAAACAUUCCAAUGGCCAAAUAGUGAAGAAAUCCAGAGGUUUAUGUGGUGAUUUUGUGUACCUUUGUAUUCCGAGAAAGAACAAAUUCUAUGCCUUUUCUUCAAUGAAUAGGGUCAAUAGGCCCUGAAAUUAAGUGUGUGUUUCUCUGUGAUUAUUUUCCCCCUUUUGGGGUAGAGAAAGUGUAAUGUGUUGGAUGCUUAAAUUCUUGCAACUCUAUGUGAGAUCGGAUCUGUUUUUCAUAUGACCAGGUAUUAACCAAAUUUAAGAGGUUCUGGAAUAAAUAAAACAUCAGGAAAAAUUCAAAGGGUAAAACCAAAUAUUCUACAAAUACUGUGAAAUGAGAGAUAUGUUUACAGGCAUAUGUCAUUUUAAUACUGUUAUUUUUUUAGUAAAUAUGUAUACAACUCACCCUUCCAAGGAGUUGCUAAAGCAAAAAGGGUCUGCUCCUAACCCCAAGCAAAAAGGUAAUGCACAACAGUACUUGUAAAAUGUUGAAGUAAAGGUAAAAUUCUUAUGACCACAGGAGUGGAAGGGAACACUUGGGCCAUUGAACCUGCUGUAGGCACCUGUGUAUUGCAUGUUAAUCCAGAAGGGUUUGGAUAGUGGAACAUAUACUGUAAGCAUAUUGAAGCUUCAAAAGAGAGGGGAUAAAUGGGGAAGAAACUUGAAAUAGGAAAAGCCAUUAUAAUAACCUUACUUAAUCUUUUAUACAAGUUGCAGAGUUCUUUAUUGCCUAGACCAGUAAUUCUCAACGGGGUGCUGCAACAAAAACUUUUUUACUGUCCAAAUCCCCAGGGUCUGGAAUAGAUUCCCCCUAGAGGUGGUGCAGGCACCUACUCUGGAUUCCUUUAAGAAACACUUGGAUGCCUAUCUUGUUGGGAUCAGGAGGCUGAACCCGAUGUGAGGUCCCUUCCAGCCCUAAUGUCUAUGAAAUCUAUGAAGAAUCAGCCAGGGUCCUGCGAUGUCAGUACCACUUCUACUGUGGUUUCCACACACCUGUUUUCAGGAGGCUUGUUAGAGCGUAAAUAAGAAGUGACUGCAGGAGAAACUCACAUCUACUGUCAUGCCAGACCAUGUGCAGUCAGGCCUGGAGACACUUGGGGAUUGAGGUGCUACCCAGGGUCAGGAGGAGUGAGCAACCAGAUCAUGUGCAUUCAGGUCAGGAGUGACAAGUCAGGUCAGGAAACCAAGAGAUCAAGCAGAAAGUGGAGUUGGAGAGCAAGCCGGAGAGAAUGGCAAAGGAGUGUGGGAUCAGGUUGAGCCCUGUUCCCUAAUCACUUCCUGUUGCUGUGCAGCUGCCCUGCAGUAAUUGGAGGUUCAGCCAAAGCAAGAGGUAAAGACGAGAUGAAUACCACUAGGACUUGGGGACAGAAAUUACACACAAACUAGUAUAAGUGAUCGGAAACCGGUUCAAAUGUGUAACACAACAGAAGUCCACUGCAUAUAAACUGCAUUCAAAAUGGACAAAACUGAUUUAAGAUAAACCUGG